AUGUUUAGGCGUUUGUUUUAUCGGAUCGAUUCAUUCAUGCUUCAUUUUAAGUAUUAAUGGAUGGAAUGAUUUCGGAUUAUUUUCUGUUGAGUCGCGUUUUUUUUUUUUUUUUUUUCUUAUCGUUAUUAGUGCAUCAGUUACCAUUCUUGAGAUAGGGAAAAUGUGCCAAGUCAUGUUCAACAGAGAGGUGUGUGAUUCGAGUGUGUAGCUUUAGGCUGUUUCUUGCCGGACGUUGGGUGUUGGUGACGUAGGAGCGAAGGCGCGGUGGUGGUGAAGGUAGUGCUAGAGCAGAGCCUGAAGACGGAAGCCUGCGGGCGCGGCAGGGGGGCGCGAGGCUCCCCGGGAGGCGAGGGUCGGCGACGCCGGCGGAGGCAAGUAAGUGCAGGAGGAGGAGGGCGUCGGGAGAGCGGCGCAGGAGCGGAGAGGGGCGAGGGGUUGACGCGUGUCUUGUGCUUGCAGGCGUCCGUGGCGAUGGCAGCGGCGGCGGCAGCUGCGGCGGCGGCGGCGAUGGACGCGUCCCUGGGCGGCGUCGGGGGCGGCGGCGGCAGCGGCGGCGGCGCGGGCCUGGCCGACUUCCAGUGCCCCGCCUGCGGCCGCCGCUUCGCCCGCCACUGGCACCUGAAGCGGCACCUGGCCACGCACCUGACCGUCAAGCCGUUCAAGUGCCCCUACUGCCCGCACGCCGCCAACAUCAAGAACAACCUCAAGCUCCACAUCCGCAAGAUCCACCCGGGGGAGGCGCUGCCGGAGGAGCGGACGCGCCAGGACGUGUAGGCCUCCGGGAAGGGAAGCGCCUCUCGCCCCACGGCCGCCCCUCCUCCUGCAAAAAAUGUGAUAACGAUGAACACGAAGAAAGAGAAAGGAAGGCCGCGGCCGGGGCAGAGGGCGGAAGGGGAGGGCGGCGGGAGCGUACAAAUCUCUCGAAAGAAUAGGAGAGGAAUCCCGUGCGGGCGCGGAGCAGCGAUGAGUUAUGGAAACCAGAAAUUACCUUUUGUUGCAUGGACGCUUUCAGAGUGUUGAAAAGUUAUCAAUGAUUUGCAAUAAAAACGAAAUGGGAAACAUUAACGUGUAACUAGUCAGGCCGUGUUGUGUGGCUCCUUUUGUGUAGGAAUUAUCGUUGCUUUUGGAAAAGUUAGUUUUGAUUUUAACCGAAAGUGAAUGCAUAUAGGGAUGAUACUGUACUCCAUGAAGAUCCUUCCUUCUGCGUACAAGACUUAUUUCUCGAGUGACAGUGGGAAGUAUCUAAGCCUGGGAACAGUGAUAGGGAAGCAGCGAAAGACUAACGCAUGUGACAUUUGGGCGUGGGAAAAAAGCCAAGACCGUGGUAAGGAAGGCCGGGGGCGGGCAUAGUAUGGCUUCAGGCAUGGCUUCCUGUAAAAGCUGUGAGAUCCUAAGCGGGGAGCCCAGUGGCGGGAGAAAUCCUGGCGGACGUGCCUCCUGCCCCUGUAGGCACCGAGGAUCGGAGAGGCGGCGGGGCUUGAGACGACCUAGUGACGAGACGACGUGUUUUCUGUGUUGCAGGCAGCGGCGACGGCGGUGCUGACGGAGGAAGUGGCACUGAGCGGCUCCUUCCAGUGUCCCGCCUGCGGCCGCUGCUUCGCGCGCCAGUGGCACCUGAAGCGACACCUGGCCACGCACCUGGCGGUCAAGCCGUUCAAGUGCCCGUACUGCCCGCACGGCGCCAGCAUCAAGGACAAGCUCAAGCAGCACAUCCGCAAGAUCCACCCGGGCGAGCAGGUGCCGGCCGACUUCGAGGUCGUCCCUUCGUGCGGCGCCGCCUCCGACGCGCUGCCGUAGGGACGGGGCCGGCGAGCCCUGGCCGAUCUGCCCCCAAGUGCCACUUGACCCAGCUCCUGGGUUGCCCUUGGACGCGCGCCCAAUUCGAACCUCCGAGGGCUCUGGCCGGCGCCGAGGCCAAGGUCCCAACUUGCUCCCUGGCGACGGGGGGCGACCUCCCGCCUGCCCUGAGGCGCGCGAUGGAAGCCCCGCCGUGCCUGCUUUGUGAACUGUCAUUUUCCCUUCAUUAAAAAAAAUCCUUUGUUCUUUGCAAUGCUAGAACAAUAUUUUCAUUUUUUUUAGCCAGUCCUUUUUGAGGAGAGAAAAUCCAAAGUGAUACAAAUAUAUAUAUAUAUGAAUAUCAAACAAACAGUUAAGGUAUUUACAGUGGUUUUUGUAUAUCUCUUUUUCUAAUGAACACCCUUGAGCAGAGUAUCUCAAUCGUGCAAUAGCCCUGAGCAGUAUUUUUAAGUGACAAUCAAAAUCACGGUUUUAUUAUUGUUGUUAAUUUUAUGGAAGCACGAAGGAAAAAGGGAAAAAACGAGAUAUCGCAGCGUUGAUGAUAAUCAGAAUCUCAGUCAGUAGCUCUCAGUCAAAGGGGGAGUGAGUGUGCUAUGACAUCACAGGUUAUGGCUGUUAGGAAAUGAAAUACUACACACGCGCGCACACAGUCACUUUGUCACUCUUUCACUGUCACUUUGAUUUUCACUCUCACACUAUGUCUUCCCCUCUCUCUCUCUCUCUCUC